UAACGACCCAUCCUUUAGGCCUCCCUAAUUAUUAGUGACGGGUCAUAGCCCAAAGGUUGGGGGCCUAACGUGGUGGGUACUGACUUGGAUCCGACUAUGUCUCGGGUUCAUAUUUCACAUUGAAAUGGUGUAGCUGUUGUGUGUUUUGUCCAUCUCCAACACUUUGCUGCAACUGAUUUAUCAAUUUAAACAGAUGAGUUUUCAAGUUGUAAGCAUUCAAGGUUGUCAGGAGUAGGGUUGAAAUUCCAUUGUAAUCAUAAUGCUAGGGCAAAAUGCCAAGGUUCAAGUCCUAACUGCAGCUGAAUACUAGCAUGUAAUUUCAGAAAUAAUCUCUAUUGUAUUACUCCAACUGGUGCAAUAGAGGCCAUGGAUAAGUUUUUGGAUGAUUUAUUCGCCAAAAGGGGUUCUGUAAGAGAGGGAGCAUUAUCUUCGAUUGUUGAUGGCCUCAAUUUGAACUAUCUCCACCAGUUUGCUGGGAAAAAUUUUGCGACUUUACUAUACCGAUGUCUAAAUUCUUUCAAGAAGGGAUCUUCCAAGGAGAUUGUUUUAGCUUCUCGUGCCCUUGGUCUCUUGUCAAUCACUGUAGGUUGUGGGGAUAAUGCUCAUGAACUUUACAAGGAGUCACUUCCACUUAUAUCACAAGCUCUGAGAUCUAGGACUGAAUCAUUAUUGUUAUCUGUGAUCGACUGUUUAGCUAUUGCCACUUUCGUUGGUGCAAAUGAUUUCGAGGAGACAGAAGCUGCGAUGCAGAUAAUAUGGCACUUUAUUAAUUUGAAACCAGGUGAUAAUGUUGUAGUCAGUAAACAGCCAGCUUCUGUUCUGUCUGCUGCUAUCUCUACGUGGUCACUUCUUCUCACAACUGUCAAUGGCUGGAACCUUAAUCACAAUUACUGGCGGGGAGCAAUUCCCUACUUUCUGAAUCUACUAGAAGUGGAUGAUCAAUCUGUUUGCAUGGUGGCUGGUCAGGCUAUUGCUUUAAUAUGUGAAAUGGGAUUUCUCGAGAAAUUUGCUGGUAAUCUCACGACUGAUGAAAUUAGUUUGAACGAAAAGGGAAAAAACAUUAAGGACCAGGAUUACUCUAUACAAGAAUUACAAGAAAUUGUGAGCAAUCAUGCCAAGAGAGUUUUGAGACAAAAUUCACUUCAGAGUGCAGCUACAAAAACUGUGAAUGGAUGGAGCAACUUUUCCCAGAAUUUUUUGGAAGCUUUAGAGGAUGGUCGUUUUCAUGAAGCUUCUUUGAAGAUUGGCAAACAUAGGUUGCAGUUACAUUCAUUGUCCCAAUUACUGCAGGUUAACUUUAUCAAGCGUUUCCUAGGACGUGGAUUUGUACCUCACAUGGUGGAAAAUGAAUUUCUGCAUGAUGUUUUCAACUUCACACCAAGAAAACAAGAAUCAGGGGUGGAACUCUAUAGUUCUGAGAGAGAAGAGGCGGUUGUCCAUCUUUUUGUGCCUGAAACCAGACAAAGAGAUGGCGAAGAUGACUUUGGGCGGGCUCACAGGCCACAGAGAUCUGCUUACCGCAAAGCAAAGACUCAACUCUUGAACAAGCAGCGCAUGCUAAAAGGGGAAGAACUUCGGCCAUAUGAUGAUUGAUGUUGGAGACAAAGCGCUGCAAUUACGACAUGAAUGUAGUAACUCUACCUUCAGUAGCAUGUUAUGAAUUCUUUGCCUAUUCACAUUUAUGGGCUCUUUGUAAGACUAAUGUUUCUACCAUGCUCUGCAUGUUGUACUUCAUAACUAGAACCAGUUGUGGACAUUAACUUGAAUACUGUGUUUAUCAAUUGCCAAGAUUUCUUAUUCAUCUUUAA